CGUCACUUCCGGCUUCCGGUGGCGGCGGCUGCUCCCGGAAGUAGUUUGUGAGCGGCUUCCGGUGGAGUGGAACGGAUCCAAUGGCUUCAGAAGAAACUCUGCCUCCUAGUGGGUCUACUCUAGAUGGUAGUGGUCCAUGGCAGCCUGCCUCAUCUGGCCCCUCCACUAAGUUUGAGUUGGACCGUGAGACAGAGCUCCGACUAGAGGUGGAAGGUCCAGUUCCUGUGCGAGUAGAGCUGGUGUCUGGUUAUGCAGAGGUGUUUGGGACUGAACUGACUCGAAACAAAAAGUAUACAUUUCCCCCAGGAAGUCGUGCAGCAGUUUUCACGUGGCAUGGAUGCACUGUGCAACUCUGGGGGAGCGCUGAUGUUGCCUACGUUUCUAAAGAUACCCCCAUGCUACUUUAUCUCAACACCCAUGUAGGACUCGAGCAAAUGAGAACACAAGCUGAGCGUGAAGGGGAACGUGGACCUCGGGUGCUGGUGGCGGGGCCUUCAGAUGUGGGCAAAUCCACACUUUGCAGGCUUCUGUUAAAUUAUGCUGUACGAAGGGGACGACGACCUACACUUGUAGAGCUGGAUGUUGGUCAAGGAUCAGUUUCUGUACCUGGGACAGUUGGAGCGCUUUGUGUGGAAAGACCAGCAGAUGUAGAAGAAGGAUUCUCAGCCCAAGCUCCGCUUGUAUAUCACUUUGGAUCUACAACUCCUGGAACUAACAUAAAGUUGUACAACAAGCUUACAUCUCGUCUGGCUCAUGUGUUCAACAUGCGUUGUGAUUCUAACCGCCGUGCAUCAGUUAGUGGAUGUCUUAUUAACACCUGUGGCUGGGUGAAAGGUUCUGGAUAUCAGGCUCUGAUCCAUGCAGCCUCAGCAUUUGAGGUGGAUGUUGUCCUGGUGCUGGAUCAGGAACGUUUGUAUAAUGAUCUCCUCCGAGACCUUCCUCAUUUUGUACGAAUUGUCCUUCUCCCAAAAUCUGGAGGAGCGUCUGAGCGGUCUAAAGAAUGUCGUAGGGAAUCUCGAGAUCAGCGAGUGCGUGAGUACUUCUAUGGUCCCCGAGGCUCACUCUAUCCCCAUGCGUUUGAAGUGAAAUUCUCAGAGGUUCGAGUUUACAAAGUUGGAGCACCAUCUAUUCCAGAUUCUUGUCUUCCCUUGGGUAUGUCACAAGAAGACAAUCAGCUUAAGUUGGUGCCAGUGACACCUGGAAGGGAUAUGGCACAUCAUCUACUAAGUGUGGUACCUGUGGAUGGUGGGGGAGCAGAAGAAGGCUUGGAGGAGAGAAGUGUGGCAGGAUUUAUUGUCAUCACAGGAGUGGACAGUGAAAGGCAGACACUUACAGUGCUGUCUCCUGCACCCAGGCCACUGCCGAAAUGUGUGUUACUUAUCAUGGAUAUCCGAUUUAUGGACCUUAAAUAAAGUUUAUACAUAUACAGGGAAUUUGAUGGUUUGAGCAUAUGUUUGACAGUUUGCGAAAGGAGAUGAUAGUAGAUGGUAAUACCCAUGAAUGUGUGAGGUGGAUGAAAAUUGAUGUGAGAUCAUUGAGUGAACUUUCCUGUUUUAAUAAAGUUAUUUUUAUUUCAAAUUUAAA